UGCUGCCGUGUUGGGAUUUGACGUGUCGUCUUUACCAGCCUCACACUUCCUUCUUUCUGUAAUAUCGCUGGUCGUCACUAGUUACCACAGCCAAAAAGUAAUAAAUCCCGACUAUUUCUACAAUUUAUUUUCUGAAAAUCUGACUCGAACUAACUCUAACUAUAUGGCUAAUCUUGUGCCUAACCAUGACGUUAAAUGAAAACCAAAAAACAAAUUUUUGUUUUCAUCAGUUAUUUCGAUAUAGCCAAUUUGACUUAGUGGCUGUGGUAACCAGUGGAAACCAAUAUCUCUGGCUGUGUGUGUUGUCGGACCUCAGUGGGUGGGACCAAACGAUACCUCAACAACAAGAUGGAAUAAUCGUGACAAAUUAAGGGAAGCCCGUCAUUGACAACGUUCUAUUUACUUGUGGCAGGUUAUUAAUUGAAACGCCUUUUAAAUGUCAGUUCUUAGGACAUGAAGGUUGUUGGCACAACAUCAACAAUGCAGCUGUCUCCCACCAACGGAGAUUUUACCUUCGUCUCGUCAACUGAAGCUGAGGAUCUAAGUGGUACUAUCGAUGCCCCAGAUGUUAAAUUGAACAUGGGCAGCGACAAUGCAAAAGACCCAUAUGCAACCACGUUCCUGAGGAAACGAGGCUAUGGCUGGCUACUGGAAGUAGACGAGGAUGACCCAGAAGACAACAAACCUCUUCUGGAGGAGCUGGACAUCGACCUGAAAGACAUCUACUACAAGAUCCGCUGUGUGCUGAUGCCAAUGCCCUCCUUGGGCUUCAACCGGCAGGUUGUGAGGGACAACCCUGACUUCUGGGGUCCUCUGGCUGUAGUGCUCCUGUUUUCCAUGAUCUCCAUCUACGGACAGUUCAGGGUUGUGUCUUGGAUAAUUACCAUUUGGAUAUUCGGAUCUUUAACAAUCUUUCUGCUGGCUCGUGUUCUCGGUGGUGAGGUGUCUUAUGGACAAGUCCUUGGAGUGAUUGGAUACUCUCUACUCCCGCUCAUCGUUAUAGCUCCCUUGCUUUUGGUCAUUGGGGGUUUUGAUGUUGUUUCUACACUAAUAAAGCUUUUUGGGGUAUUCUGGGCUGCUUACAGUGCUGCUUCUCUACUUGUUGGGAAUGAAUUCAAAACCAAGAAGCCUCUUCUCAUAUACCCUAUUUUCCUUUUGUACAUCUACUUCCUGUCACUAUAUACUGGGGUCUGAUUGGACAAAUGGCUACUGUCGGCACUUUGGUUGGAGACUGACACAAAGCACUGUGAAAAGACACACAAGGAUUCAUUCCACAAUGAAAAUAAGGAACAUGGAUUUUUUAAAAGGUUAUUUUCUCCCUCUUCUUUUAUCUCUGUUUACAAUCCUAGACUGUGGGGAUAAGGGUAUAUGUUACGUCAGUGUAUUUAAAUGUGCCCCUUACCUCUUUGCUCAUUAAAAAGCAGCGUAUAGUGUAAGGCUGCAUUCAGAUUUAAUUGUAAUUAGAACCCUGGUUUGCAUUCGCAUCAUAUAAUUAUUUAAUUAGGGUGUGAAAUCUGGUUUUGGUAAUCAUGUUGGGGACACACAGAUUUUUGUUAAUGCUUUUAUUCCAUAGAGGAAGGUGGUGCCAAAUACAGUGCACAAAUGUUCAAUUAGAACCAAGGGGUUAAGAAAGACGUCAACCCCUAACUGAGGUUCCACCAUUAUUUUGUAAGGUAGUGGAUUUAACAUACUGUUAUGCGUUAUUUAGUUGUCAUUUUAUGCACCUUUUACAAACCUUUAUUUCUUAACUUAUGAAUUUCAGCCUGGGUAGGCCAGUAGAUGGGCAGUUUGAGUGAAAUAAAACAGUCUAUUAAAGUGUGGUGCCUUUCAUUAGUUGUUUUAUACAGUUGUUUAAUCUUUUAUUGAACUGAUGUAUAUUUUCAGACAACUUCCUUGUAUCGAUUGUACGUAUAACUACUUAAUGUGUUGGAGACCUGAUAGUAUCAGAACAUGUUAUACAAUUGUGGAACAUUUUUAGACCUGGAACAAUAGUGAUAUUUAUAAUGAAUUCACAGUGGGGGGGUUAAAAGCUAUCAACAUAAUUGUCCAUAUAACUGUUGUACUGUACUAGAUAUUUUAAAAUACAUUCCCUCUCAUAUG